UGUCACAGAGAGAACGGUUCACUUAAAUGCAGCUGCAGUACUUCUGUGUGAUACCUGUCAGAGCCAUUCCCAGUGCGAGGUUGGGUUUGUGACCAUGAUGUCAAGAUUUGUCUGUCUUCUUUUCUGUGGAUAUAUUGCACUAAACCUGGGAAAUACUCAGAAACUGCCAAGAGUGAAAAGGCAGAGUCUGAAGGUUCAGAUCAACGCGACAGAUGACACUGUUUGCAUGAGGUAUCUUCGACCAAGUCAAAGCACCAAACUAGAAGGUUUUGUCCUGGGUUAUGGAAGCAGCUUCUUUUCUAAUCAGUACAUUCCUUUACCUUCAGAAGGAAAAAACUACUUAACAGAACUUGAUGCAGAGCCACGGUAUUUGGUUUCAGUAAGACCAGCACGUGUUUCAAAUAACAAGAAAUCUUGUUCAGGUCGGAACAAGACACAGAAGCCUCUGCAGCUGGUGGUUGGCACUCUCACCCCAACCUCUGUGUUUCUCUCUUGGGGCAUCCUAGUCAACCCUCAACAUGACUGGACAGCAACAAGUAACUGUGCUAGUGACAGGUUCUAUACAGUUCGCUACAGAGAAAAAGGUAAAGACAAGAAAUGGGUUUUCCAGCUAUGCCCAGCUACAGAGACAGUGAUUGACAAUCUGAAGCCAAACACACCCUAUGAAUUUGGAGUUAAAGACAAUGCAGAGGAUAGUAUUUGGAGCAAGACUUUGAAUCAUAAGACAAUUCUCUCUAGUAAAAAAGUAAAUGGACAACUCCAGAAUAUGUAUAAGUUGGUACCCAAUUCCCAAACACAGAUUAUACUGAGUGAUAAUAAGAAAUUGGUCCCUGUCACAAUAAUCAAACAAAUUAUUCAAAAUCGGACACAGUCAAAAGCACCAGAUAGUUCUUCUCUCCCAGGAGCAAUAUUAGUGCACCUUAUUGUUCCAGGCCUCAAUGAAAGUCAGCAGAAACUUCCUCCUCUCCUGACAAUAGAUGACAUUCCUCAAGCAUCUAGGAAAAAAAUUGCUAAGAAUGAAACUGGAGUAUGGCCUGCUGAAUCCAAAACACCAGAAGUUCAAGAAAUCUCCCCACAGUCCCUUCCAGCUCAGGUUGAGAAAACACAUGGACCUGAAGAUUUUAGAUCAACACCUAAACCCAAAUUGGUUCCAACUCAAAACAUACCGGCUUCUAAUGAAAUACAGCUACUUCCUUCUGGAUCCAGAAUACCUGAUGCUCCAAAAAGUCCAUUGACAGAACUUGCUACUCAGAGUCCAGCCUUGAAAUCCAUAUCUCCACCUUCUGCAGAAAAAAGAGAGAUGGAAAUGGCUUUUGAGGAAAAACAGACUGUUUCUUCGGGAUCCAAACCGUCCAGUACCAUGGAAGUGCAACCAACCCGACCUGUUUCACAUGACUUUCUUCAUGUUAUUUCUACUCCCCAGACUUUUACAUCUUCAGAAAUACCAGGCACUGCAACCGGGAGACCAGAUCUGGAAUGGACCUCGUCUGCUUCACGGGAAACCACAAGGAUGGCCGCUCGAAGACCGAGGCCGAAGUCCACCACUCCUUCCUCCCUGGCAACUCAAGAAACUGUGAUGGCUUCACUGGACUCUAAUCACAUUAGCUUCCUGUCCCAAACUUCUGCAUCUGCAGAAAUAUCAAAAACAGAGACUGUUACAAGUUCAGCUGACCUGGAAAAACCUAUGCCUCCACUUUCCAGAACACCUCAUGUGCUAACAACCACUGCGGUUUUCAGUGGUAUUCAGCCUGUUCUUUCAAGUCCUGUGGCACCUAGUAAGCCUGAAAUAGCAGAAGCUGGACCAGCAGCAACAAGUGAAUCCAUUCUGGAAUCUUUCACACCUAAAACUUCCCAUCCUUUUCAGUGGCCAAGGGUAACAUUAGCUCCAAAAGAAAUACCACUUAUUCCUUCUAAACCGAAACCAUCUGCUACCCCAGAAGUACAACAUAUGAAACCUGCCCCUAAACCACCACUUUUGGAGCCUAAAACUUCUGAGACUGUUGAACAACCAAAAGCAACCCUAGCUCCUAAGGAAGCAAAACUCACUACUUCUGCAUCUAAACCUAGACCAUCUGCCAGACCCCAAAAGCCACGAACUAAACCCGCAGCAACCAUUCCAGUGCCAGUCACUUCUAGGAGUCCCUACACAUAUGAACGUCCAAAGACUGCAGAGGUCUUGGAACCUAUUACACUUAGAACUGAACCACCAAGGUCACCCAUAGCUCCAAAGGUGACUCAACGUGUUCCUUCCAAACCUAAAACUUCACCCAAACCUCACGUUCCACAAGCCAAAGAUGUCCUGGAGUCUAUAACACUUAGAACUGAUCAACUAAAACCAACAAUAGUUCCUAGAGUACCCCAGUAUGUUCCUUCCAAACCUAGAGCAUCACCAGUCCCAGAGGUGCCACGAACAAGACCUGCUUCUAAAGAUACAUAUCACAGGCCUUCCAAACCUAAAACAUCACCCAGUCCACGUGUUCCUCCAACUAGAGCAAGUCGCAAAGAAAGUCGACGAGUCCCUUCCAAGCCCAGGGCAUCACCAAGUCCAGAUGUGCCACACACAAAACCUGCUCUUAAAGAACCACAACAUAUUCCUUUUAAACCUAGAGCAACUCCCAUCCCGGAUGCUCCAUACAGGAAGCCUGAGAUUCUUCCAACCUUUGAUGAACGAGAUGCUACUAUGAUUCCUCAUAUUCCUGAAAGAACAAAGGCAAUAUUUGCUCCAACUGAAAAACAGUUCAUUCAUACCAAACGAAAAACAACUGAAAGACCAAGAGUGCCAUACACCAAACCUGCAAUACAUCCGACAACUCCACAACCAAUUAUUACAAAAUCUUCUACUACCACUGGUCAUUCAAGGGCAACAAUGGCUCCAAAAGAAACACUGCUCAUUCCUUCCAAAUCCAAAACAUCUGUUGGGCCAGAAGUACCACAAACUAAACCUGCUCCAAGGGCAACACACCUGGGAUCAAUUAACCUUGUAACAGUUCAUGUUGUUGAUGGGUCCAAAAUAACUUUGGUUCCCAAUGAAACAUACCACAUUUCACCCAGGCCCAAAAUUGGUCAAGCAACUGAAAUUCCUUGGUUCAAAACAGCACCUCAUAAAACUCGUCUGACUUCUGCAAGACCACAGCCUUCAGAUAAAUCACAGACAAGACCUGCUUUUAGUAAAACCACACUAGCACCAGUCAGAACAAAAGCACCUGGACUGCCAAAGUGGAUUGUGCCAACAUCAGAUGACCUUUAUACACCUGAGGCUACUGCCAGACCAAUUGACAUAGAUGUCAAAAGACCUCCAGAAUAUGUUGACACCUGGCAAAAGCCAAUUUCUGUGACUAUACCACCUGGCCCUCAGCACCCUCCUGCCAGACCUACACAAAUGAGAAGAAAACCUCUGCCUCCUAACUCUGUGACUGGUAAACCAGGGAGUCCAGCUAAGCCUGCUGGACCAACACCACCUGUGAGGACAGGAACAUUAUAUAAGACACCAACAGCUUUUGCAACUCCAGAGUAUUAUGUUGAUGCAACAGUCUUCAGCUCAAGUCCUACAUCAGAAACUGAUUCUUCAGGAAAACCAAGGUACCAAGCCCCCCAUGUCAAGUACAUGAAGAAAGAUGAUGAUGUGCCUUGCUCCAUCACAAGCUCUCUUGAACAUUUUCCUCAAGAAGAAGUUGGCAGCAAGGAAGAACCCACUCGUCCUCCGCAAAAUCCUCCAACCAACCUCACGGUGGUGACUGUAGAGGGCUGUCCAUCCUUUGUCAUAUUGGACUGGGAAAAACCAGAUAAUGACACUGUUACUGAGUAUGAGGUUGUGUCAACUGAAAAUGGAGGAAGUGAUGGUGAAAAGGAGAAAUCAAUUAUCACUACAAAUCAAACCCAUUCUACUGUGGAAAACCUAAAACCUGACACAAGUUAUGAAUUCCAUGUGAAACCCAGGAACCCCCUUGGUGAAGGUCCAAGUAGCAAUGUUGUGACAUUCAGUACUGAAUCAGCGGACCCAAGAGUGAGUGAGCCAAUUUCAAUGGGGAAAGAUGCUAUCUGGACUGAAAUCCCAUUCAAUUCAGACACAUACUCAGAAUGCAAAGGCAAACAAUAUGUAAAGAGGACUUGGUAUAAGAAGUUUGUAGGUGUGCAGCUGUGCAAUUCUUUGAGAUACAAGAUAUACCUCAGUGAUUCACUUACAGGAAAAUUUUAUAACAUAGGAGACCAGAGGGGCCAUGGAGAAGAUCACUGCCAAUUUGUAGACUCAUUCUUAGAUGGAAGGACAGGACAGCAAGAAGAUCUGCCAGUAAAAGAUGGGUUUUUCAGGGCAGUUCGUCAGGAACCUGUCAAAUUUGGGAAAAUAGGCGGGGAGACUCAGAUUAACUACGUGCGCUGGUACGAGUGUGGCACAUCGAUACCUGGCAAGUGGUAGAUGCCACAGGAAGAGGGUGCAGAGGCCCAGCUGCCCAGCGCAGGCUGCAGGAAGGCAACACUUACGGUGUGCCCGGCACUGCGGUGUUGGCCGACGUGCGAGGCUUACACCAGUCUAAUGCCAAUACUGCAUUAAUUGUGUAAUAGUGUAGGCUGCUUACUGUAGUUAUCCAGUGUUAAAAAUUUGUUUUUAAAAUAACACAGGCUAGGGACAUGUUGUAGGAUAAUGCAUAGGGAAGCUGGCUCCCUAUUCUUGAGGUAUGGUUUAUAUGGUAUUUUAAAAGAUACAGUGUGUAUAUUAUUUAUCACGAUGUUGUAAUAAAUGUUUAAGGCACAAAUAUGCCAGAGAUGGUCAUGGAAUGCAAUGUGUGUUAAAUAUUCACUGGUUCUGUAAUGCAAGUGCCAUAAGCUACCCAUCCUAAUCCAUCUGUAACAUCUCUCAGUCAUAAAUUAUAGAAAAGAUCCUAUAAUUUUUAAUAUCCUGCAGCCAGUAAACUUGAAGCACUUUCUCCUUACACGUACAAACAGUUUAUGCUCCUGCCAAAAUGCUGAGGUAGGUUGCUGUAUGUGCAGCUUUAAAUGAUCAAGUUCAGUGGAGUUUUCUUCCAUGUUUGUUUUCAAAUGUUUCAGCCCCAGCCAAAGCCAUGUUCAGCCUGUCACUAUGGAGUCAGAACCUGGCAGUGGCUGGCAGGGAGGGUUGGUGUUCUCUAAUUGAAGUGGACAGGUACAUAUGUACAUGGAAUGAAAAAACAAAGCUGGCCUCCACAGCUGGGGUUUUUCAGGAAAAUGUAGUUUUGAGCCUGACACUUACUGGUUCAAAAGCCAAAUGUAUGUACCGUGCAAGGGGACUUGGAAAGACAAAUGGAAGAGGAAAAAGAAUAAACUAGUUAUAACAGCAUGAUCAGGUUUAUUUUAUUUAAAAAGAAAAAUUCUGGUUUAAAACAGUUUUCAUUGGGGACAAAGGGGAAAUACUGAUAACUGAACUUUAAAACUGCUUUAUAGUUAUUUUGAUUAAAACCUCUCCCAAAGCUACUUGUUGUACUGCUUGAACAUUUAUUAACUAAAUAAAGAGAUGUAGGUUUUUUUAAAGGUGUUAUUCAUUACCUUACUAAUGUAUUGAAGAAAUAUGAACAGGAACUACCAGAUCUACAUAGUAGUCAUUUAUAGAAAAUACCUUAUAAAGUACAUUGCAGGUACACUGUACUCCUAAUAAAAUAUUUUUUAAUCAA